UUUCAGGACAUUAUAGUUGAGAUUUAUUAAUGGCGUUUAGUUGUUUUGACAAGUUUAGUUACACGUAUUGCUAUCAAUGUAUGCAUGGACCAGACGGGUGUAUGGUACCCAGCCGAAAUGGAGAAGGAACCGAAUUGUAUGCACAUUCUGAAGAGCUUGAAGCAAAACUGAGAGAGCUUGCCAGAAGAGGGCAUAUGGAAAUUGAAAAAGAAUUAGCAUUGGAAAAGAAAACGUAUGGAUCACAUAUCAAAAUACUCAUUCUUGGAGGACCUUUAAGUGGAAAGAGUACAAUUUUUAAACAAAUGCAAAUUAUUCACGUCGACGGGUUCAAAACCGACCAAGAAUUAAUACAAUAUAGAGGACUUAUUGAUAACAAUAUAAGGGAUAUAUAUCUACAAUUAAUUGCUGGUUCACGUGUAGUUGGUAUACCUCUGGAUCCAAUUGAACAUAUUACAUAUGAAAUUGAUGAAAUCUAUGCUCCAAUGUCUGAUGCAUUUUCUGUUCGGACAAUAUCAGAACUUUUGGAACCUUUGACAGAGUUUUGGAAUUCCAAACAAAUUCAGGAGAUUUAUAAGAGAAGAUGCGAGUUCGAGUUAUUGGAUUCAACUAAAUAUUAUUUGGAGAAUCUUACACGAAUAGCUGACCCAACAUAUUUACCUAAUCAGGAAGAUAUAGUUCAUUCAAGAAAAGCCACGAUGAGCAUUAACAGCAUUGUGUUUGAAUACACUGGAGUCUCAUUACUAAUGAUUGACGUGGGUGGUCAAAGAUCGGAACGAAAGAAAUGGUUGCAUUUGUUUGAUGAUGCCAAGGUUGUACUUUUUGUGAUUGAUUUGACAGGUUAUGCGAAAAGAUCAGAAGAAAGUCGAAUGGAGCUAAGUCGAUUUCCAAAAUUCUUUCGAGACGUUGGAUCAAAUGCCUAUGAUAUGAAAGUUGCACUCAAGAUUUUCAAUGAAGUUGCAGCAGCAAGUGCAUUGGCAAACGCUGUAUUUUUAUUAUUUUUUAACAAAGUUGACUUGUUCAAAGAAAUUCUUUCACAGGUCAAUCUUCAGCCUUGCUUUUCCAAAUUUGACGGAGAGAAUACUUACGAAGAGACGAGUAAAUACAUUUGUGAAAAGUUUAUUCGAGCAGCUAGCUCGAAAAAAUCAGUAUUCCCCCAUUUCACAACAGCAACAAACACGGAAAAUGUUAAGUUAGUAUUUCGCGCCUGCAUGGAAAGUGUAUUUAAAGCAAAUGCAAAAGCAACGGGCCUUUCAUAACUUCCUUUUAAAACAUUAAUUUCAUUGUUUAUCAUAGACAUUGUUCAUUUCUACACAUUUCAUUAAAUAAGUUUUUCGAAUGAAAAAAAAAAUGUAAAAAAACUAUGAAUUCAA